UUAUGAUGCAUUAUAAAAUUUAUAUUGCUAUAAUUAUCAAUAAAUAUGAAUUCUUUCCACUUAAUUCUUUCAUGUUGAAAUGUAGAUGUCUCGAGGAAAGUCCCAUCGCCGAUCCGAAGCUGCAAGAAGAAGGGUAGAAGCAGUUCGAAUUGGGCGUGUAGGGAUGCCCAAUGCCUCUAGUGAUUUUGUUUCACGGCGUGGCACCGGCUGGCGCCAUUCUGUGAAUAAAUGGCCAGCUAGUGAAGUUACCAACCACUGUCACAAGCUGGUCAUUCCUGAGGGUUGCCUUGAUAAGAAAUUUGUCCUUCUUAUCGGAGCGUCCCAUUUGCGGUCCUUUGCGGACGGCAUUGUUGAGAUGCCAAGUGGCUGCUUACAGUUUGGCUUCAUGUCUACCCCUGGAGCCUGUGCAGCUGACUUGCGUCUUGAGGUAAUGAAAGCCAAUGUACCUCGGGAGCCUGACGCUGUCUGCAUCAUGGCUCCGUCAAACAACCUUACGGCCAGUCGCCAUCCAGAAGAAGCCGGACAGGAAUUUGAGCGGUACCUGUUGACCGUCUGUAGUCGUUGGCCUAAGGUGUUUUGUACCGGCUUUGUCCCCCACUUGACUGAGUCCAGAGAGAAGCAGAACUUGUUCCAGCAAGAAUUCCACCGCAGGUCAGCAAAGCUAGGGAUUCCCUAUUUUUCCACCGCUGAUCACUUUCCUCUGGACCGUCUCACACUAAGUGUUAAUUUUAUCUCUGAUUACUGUUUAUAUGUGCAGAUCCACCUUAGCGAUGACCACGGGAUGCACAUCCUCAGGAAUCUGAUUUGGAAUGCUGGCUAUCAGUUCCUGGAGUUGUCAGCACCAAAGCCACUGGUGCAGAGUCAGGCAACUCGUCCGUAUAAACCGAGGUUUGUGCCCCGUGUGGUAGUGAAGGGAGUGGAGAGUCCUCGUCGUUCUCCUCCUUCUCCACACCCUUCUGAGUGGACACUCGUGAGAUCCGGCAGGAAGAGGAACCACUCGGGGGAAUUGGACUCUUUCUCUGAUUCACCCAAGAAAAGAGUGGUUCAUUACCAAAGCGAUGGGACUCCUGUGGUUUUGAAGGAAUGUUUCAUCCAAUUAAAUCCUGUCCGUUUCUCACCCGCUAUCUUGGUUGCCAUGGAAACAGUCUCUCCAUCGGCUCUUCCAGAUGUUCACACAGGCACCGAGUCAAAGCCUGUGGAACAUAAACAGAAACCAGCUUUCCCAAAGAGAAGGCGUGUGACACGGGAGGUUUCAGUUGCAUCACGUGUGUCUCCUGUCAGAAGUGUUGAAUGUGUGCCGCCUGAAAACACUGUCAAGCUUACGCUGCAACCUGCUUGUCCUCGGGAGGCGUCUGACCAUCCUGGUGUGGGGUGCGUCUGUCCUUUUGAGGUUCCUGCUGGCCAGGGGGUUUGUAUAAUGUGCUCUUCAGUGUGUAUUAAUAAAUAAAAAAUGUUGUGUGA